UCUCCUAUCUUCACAGGAGUUCUCCCUGAGUUUGACAGCAUCGAUAAGACGAACCCAAACUGCGUGGUGAUUGGUGAUGCAGCCGAGAACUUCUCCUAUCAGAACCUGAACGAGGCAUUCAGGGUCCUGGUAGGCCUGGAAAAACCAGUGCUCUUCUCUAUGGGCCAAGGGAGAUACUACAAAGAGACAGAUGGUUUGAAAUUGGAUGUUGGUGUUUUUAUGAAGGCUUUGGAGUAUGCAUGUGAUUUAGAGGCCGAAGUCAUUGGAAAGCCAUCCCCAAUGUUCUUUCAGACCGUCCUUGGUGACAUGAACCUUCAACCACAUGAGGUGUGUGACUUUACCACUAGAUGUUGCUAAGUCUUGCACAG